AUGGAAGAAUUUUCGAAGAAAACGAAAGCAGAUGGCAAUGUCACAGAAAUUCAACGUCUAGCCGCAAACCACGAGGUGUUCACUCAUGGCCUCGGUGGAAAGCUCACCCUCACUCCACUAGACUUAUCCAAGCCCGGCCUAAAGAUCCUCGACUCUGCAUGCGCAGACGGCACUUGGCUUCGAGACCUUGCACGGCACAGCCCGGCAGCAGGAACAGCUUCCUACGUCGGAUUCGAUAUCAACCCCGGGAUGUUCCAAAGUGAGAAGCCUAACAACGUCGGCUCGAUGGAAUUAGUUCAGCAAUCCAUCCUAGAUCCGUAUCCUGAGGCAUGGAAGUCCAGCUUUGACCUCGUCCACCAGCGACUCACCAUGGCCGCCUGGCUAUCUACGCCGAAAGUCGAGAUCCUCGGUCGUCUUGUCGAGCUGGCCAAGCCGGGCACGGGAUACGUUGAACUCAUGGAGCUCGAUCCCAACACUGGAACUCUUCCUGACAAUGUACCGAAGUACAGGAGAUUCAUUGAGUUGAUAGGGGAAGUCUUCGACUCCAUUGGUUUUGGUCGAGACACCGUGAACAACAUGAAGACCCUCCUGGCCCAGGCCGGCUGCGCCGACGUCGUAGAAAUCAGGACAAGGUAUAAAGUGGGUGCAACGGCGGACCCCCAGCUCCAGGAGAAGAGCAUACGGGGUCAACUUGGGGCGAUCCCGGCCCUCGCGAUGGUCGCGAAACAAUUCAAGACGAGCUUUUCGGAGGAAGAGCUUGGCACGCUCGAGAGUGACGCGAGAAAGGAGCUGGAGACUAUUGGGGCCGAGUUCGAAAUGGUCACCGUCUGGGGAAAAAGAGCGUAG